AUGGAUUUUAAAGGCACCUCAUCAAUCGGCAACGGUGCCAGCACCAAGCACUCCCAUCGCAAGCAGCACAAGCCCUCCUCUUCUCUGGGCUCUCUGUACGAAGUUCUCGCCGACCUCGACGACACCCAGCUGCAGUACCUCAUCCAGGAGAUGAACCACACCGGCCAUCGCAACGUGCCAGUGUCCCAGGCGGUGUCAGCGUUGGAAGGGCAAGCCCCCUUCGACUCCCUCAGCUUCGUGGGUUCGAGUACGCCAGCCCCUGUGCAAGGACCGCAGCGGCAGCUAUCAAAGUCACAAAGAGGAAAACUUCGUCUACAGACGGCUUUUCGGAAAGCUCCCUCUCUGCAACAAGGACGACACGGACGUCUAGGAAGCCGCGACGCCCUUGACGGUCAUGACGCGAACGUGGGUGGUGGACCCAGGCGCACAUGCAGCGCGGGCACGGCCCCUGUGGCCCAGGACCGCCAACCUACCAAAGAAAAGCUCACUGGCUUCCGCGAGAAGUCUGGUGAUUGGAGUCCCAUCCAUUCUGGCAAUAUCGGCUUUCAAAGAAAUCAAACGCAAACUCAGCCGUCGACAGACAAGGCUGCCAACGCAGGCGCUGUGCAGCUAGCGACUGAUGGGAGCAGGAGGGAAAGCCCUGCCUACAGACGCAUUCCUAGACCGGAUUUCAGUCUCCCAGCAGGCAUCACUGUCGUGGACCUGCUUCAACUACUCGAGGUCGAGUAUCUAUCUUCCAACGCAUCACGAUCCUCUUCCCCUAGCUCUGCGUCUUCCCCGUCUUCCUGCUCGUCCCAAUUCCCGACGCGUCGGUUACCAUCAGGAUCCAAACACUUGACUCAGACGCCAAACUGGCCCGGAUCCCGGCCGCUGCGGAGACACACCUCAAGGUUGGAUAUGGCGCUUGACGUAGAACGAUCAGCUUCUGGCGCGAUGGAGAUUGGAUUGGGUAUGCUCGAGCCCCGAGAGCUGAGGUCGGCUUCGCUAGGAGCGCCCUCCAUCUCUUCGACAAAUACCUUGUCCCUGGACUCUUUUGAGCGGCACUUCAAAGGCGAAACGCCAUCGUUCGCCCCGCCGGUGGUCUACGAGGGAAUCUUUGACGUUCUAGAAAACCAAUGA